GAGAGAGAGAGAGAGAAUCUGAGAAGCUCACUGCUUCGCUGAUUUUGAGGAAAGAGAAAGAGAAGAGUACCUCACAAGACUUUGCUCAGAUAUUAGACGAAGACUUCGCAUUGUCUUUCCUCUUCUUCUUCUUCAUCAGACAACAGAGUUGAAAUUCCUGAAAAACCCCCAGAUCAAAACCCAUGUCUCAACAACCGCAAAACUCCAAGUCUCUCUCAGAUUACGAGACAGCUUGGAGCCCAACAUCUCCUUUGGAGUUCAGAUUGUUUUUAGGGAACCCUUUUGGUGGGUCUUCUUCUUUGAGGUCAAUCUCUAGGAUGCAACAAAGGAGCUGGGAUUCUGGGAAAGUAGGCUUGAGUAUUGUUGAUUCUCUUGAUGAUCACCACACUGAUUCCUCAAGGAUUCUUCUUCCUUCACCUGAUAGUAAAAACUUGAUCUUUGGGUCCUUGAUGAUGAGAACCGGUAACAACAACCCCUUUGCCAAAUCUCCUAUGGUCAAGGAUGCUGGGGACAUCAGUGUCAACAACAAUGAUACUUGUCAAGUGAUAAACCAAACACAAGGAUCAUCACUUAAUGAAGAUAUUGAAAGUAACAUUGAGAACUCAGAGGACUACACUUGUGUUAUCUCACAUGGUCCUAACCCCAAAACCACUCAUAUUUACGGGAGUCAGGUUCUGGAGUUGCGUGAGCAUAAUGAGAUAGAGAAAGGUAUUUGUGAAGACAAGAAAGAGAGCAUUUUUGUUAUUGCUCCUCUUGACUUGACAUCGAUUGCUGAUGAGUUACCUCCCAAUGACUACUUGAGCUUCUGCUCCUUCUGCAGCAAGAAGUUGGGUAUGGGGAAAGAUAUAUACAUGUACAGAGGAUACAAAGCUUUUUGCAGUAGCGAGUGCCGUGCAGAGGUGAUUCUUCUGGAUGAGGAAGAAGAUGAAGAAGGAGAAGCAGACAAGUCUGACUCGUCUUCAGACAAAGACCUGUCUAAGAAGAAGAGCAACGGUGUGAUCUUCACCGUUGGCUGAUGACUAAUGCACCCACCAUUUCCAUGAUUGGUUUGAGUCCAUAGAAAAGGGAAAGGUAGAAGCUUGAGCUUGAUCAUCUGUUUUAAAAGAAAAAAAAAAGAGCUGCUGGUUUCUCUAAAUCAAGGUGGCCAUGGAUGAUCAUUUUUUUUGUAUAUUGCUUGUGCUUCUACUACCUGACAAAAAAACAUUAUAUGGUCUCUCAAUCUUUCAUGGUUUUGGUGGGUGAUUAAUGUUUAUUGUUAUGGAUAAUUUAUAUAAGUAUAUGGUUCUUUUUAUUCAGAGAGAUGACAAUCUUAAAUUUUAUAUGUAAGAAGAGGGUAGAAUGAGCCGGUUUUUGUGGCUCCCCCUUCAGUUUAUCUCCUGAUGUUUUUACCCAGACUGGUCACUGUAUUUAGCAAAGUCCUAUGAAAAGAGAACUAUGAAAAAAAGUUUAUCUGUU